AUGUAUAUAGGUAGGGCAGACACUGGGUCUCUGUCAUCAUCCUCAGUAUAUGCAAGCAGGGCAGAACUAGUGAGUCCCCUGUACAAACUGCAGCUGCUUGGCAGGACCACUGGUGACUCCAGCCAAUGCACUUCCAUCAAGGUAGCAACUAGGGACAAGAUGACCUACAGUGGACUGAGUGCCCAUGUGGACCUGGACUCCAGACCUGAUCCCACUGGGAAGUUCACUUUGCAGCAUGUCAUUGGGGAAGGCACCUAUGGUGAGGUGUAUGCUGCUCUGGACAACUCCAAUGGGAAACCAGUGGCCAUCAAGAUAAUGGAGAACAUCCCAGACAACCUUGAGGAGAUUGAGGAAGAGUAUUUGAUCCUCAGGGACUUUUGUCUCCAUCCCAACAUCCCCAUGUUCCAUGGACUCUACCUCAAGAGAGGCAAAGUGGCAGAGGAGGAUCAACUCUGGUUUGUCAUGGAGGUGUGU